UGCAGAAGAUGGAGCAGAAACUCCUCUCCCUGGCUGCUGACAAGAAACCCGAGGCCCUGCACAAGUAUCUGCAGACUGUCAGAGACACAGAGCUCGUGUCCCUGCUAACAAAACUUGCAAUUAAGGGGAAGGAUUCUGGAGCUUUGCUGCGCACUAUUUUCAAAGGGUCUCCAUGUACGGAGGAUGUUGCUGUUCGCCGGAGGUUAGCAGUGUACAAGCACUGCAUAGAGCUGGUUGAGUCUGGAGAUCUGCAGAGAGAAGUGGCUUCAGAAAUCGUUGGGCUCUUGAUGCUGGAGGUUCAUCACUUCCCCGGGGCAUCCCUUCUUGAUUUGGCUAACUUGUAUGUUGAAGCAGUGAAAGCUGGAAGCAUGUCCAAUGGGAAGUCUUUGGAACUGUUCCCUAAUGUGCUUAAAGCUCUCUCGUCAAAGGAAACUUUAGUCUAUGGCAAUGGAGAACUAACAGGAGAGGAAUGCAAGAAGCAGAUUAUCAAUAGUCUGUGUUCUACCAGAUGGGACCCAAAAUGUGUCAUUUUCCUUACUUCAAUGUUUAGAGAUGUAUUGCUGAGUACAGAAGAGUUGCAGUUUGUUGCGGAGAAAGUAUUAAGACUGUUAUCCAAGUUGGACCUCCAAGAAAUGCCCCCUUUGGUUUACCAGCUUCUGCUUCUUUCUGCCAAGGGGAGUAAAAGGACAAUACUGGAAGGAAUUAUAACAGUUUUUAAUUAUUUGGAUCAGAAGGUGAUGCAAGAAGCCAGAAAUGAUGACUCAUUAGAGCUGGAAGACUCCACUAUCCCAAAGGAACAGCUUCGUCAAGUAGAGGGCACCAUCAUCUUGCACAUUGUCUUUGCUAUUAAAUUUGACCAGGACCUGGGGAGAGAGCUAGUUAAGGUAUUGUUACUUUUUCAGAAAAGGACUGCACAGCAGGGGGACACCAACAAAUUUUUAUGCCCCUUUAGUGUCGCUCUCCUCUUGUCGGUGUCAAGAAUACAUAGGUUUGAAAAGCAGGUUUUUGAUUUCCUGAAAACUAUUAUUUUAAAAGGAUUUAAGGACCUCCAGUUUCAGCAAGGUUCCAAGUUUCUCCAAGAUUUAGUACCACAACCAACAUGUGUCUCCUCUAUGCUGCUGGAAAUUGUGAAAAACAGUGUUUUUGGUUGGGACCAUGUCACCCAGGGAUUGGUGGAGCUUGGGUUUCUCUUAAUGGAUUCUUGUGGCCCUAAAGCCAUUCCAGGAGCAAAAAUCUUGGAGACAUCUGCUGGAUCACCAAGUCAACAGGCCAGUCAGCUGGGAUCAAAGAUUUUACUAGAGGCCUUUAAGGUUCAUGAAGCAAUAAGGAAUGUGAUUUUGGAGCAAGUUUUGAAUCGAGUUAUUACAAAAGCCACAUCUCCGACAAGCCAUUUCAUAGAUCUUCUGUCUGAUAUUGUAUCCGCUACGCCGCUCAUUCUCCAGAACUCGGCCUCCAAACUGACUGCCGCUUUUGACCAUUUGUUCCAGCUGCCCUUCUCCACAGUGCUGGGCCUACUCAAUGCCUUGCAGCCUAUCUUUAAGAUAAAUGUAUCUGUGAGGGAUUGUAUCAUCCUUGUUCUAAGGAAGGCAAUGUUUUGUAGUCAAAUAGAGGCCCGGAAGUCUGCUGUUGCUGGUUUCUUGCUUUUACUGAAGAAUUUUAAGAUCCUUGGAAGCUUGUCCUCCUCACAAUGCAGCCAGGCCAUUGGUGCAAGCCAGGUGCUGGUGGAUGUCCAUACCCGCUACAAUUCUGCUGCAAAUGAGGCAUUUUGCCUGGAGAUUUUGGGCUGCCUAAGAAGAAGUUUGAGUCAGCAAGAAGAUAUUAGACGUCUGCUUUAUGAGGGUUUUUAUGAUGUACUUAGACGCAACUCUCAACUGGCCAGCCCUAUCAUGCAGACAUUGGUGUCCCAGUUAAAGCGUUAUUAUGAACCAGAGCCUGAUCUGUUGCCGCCAUUGAAGCUUGAGAAGUGUAUCACAGCCCAAAAAGAGCAGAUUAUACUGCAAGAACCUUUGGCACACCUAUUAAGCAGUAUUCAUAGUUGCCUGAGCUGGUACAAGCAGAAGAGCAGUUCACUGCAGGAGAGGGGCAUGGAAGAUGAAAAUGACGAUGAUGACUAUAUGGCAUGUCGGAAAGAAAUUGAUGAAAUGUUGGAAUCUAUAACAAGAAGAAUGACUAAAUGUGAUCUGGAAGAGUUUGAAUUGGACAAGUCAGCUGACUUCUCUCCAAAUUCCAGUGUUGGGAUGAAAAAUUAUACCUAUGCUGUUUUGGUCAUGGGAGUUUGUGAGGUGCUGAUUGAGUACAACUUUACCAUAGCAAACUUCAGUAAAAGCAAAUUUGAAGACAUUAUGGGGAUUUUUAAAUGCUACAGCAAACUGGCUGAUAUCCUGAAGGAGAAAUCCGGGAAGUCAAAACCUUCCGGCAACAGUAAAGCAUGCAAAAGCUUGCUGUCUAUGGGAUUUGUUUCCACAAUUCUAACUGCGUUAUUCAGGGACAGUACAAGGGCCCACGAGGAAAGUCUUGGUGUUCUGAGAGCCAAUCUAGACUUCAUGAGAUAUAUGGUGUCUAUUGCAUUGCAGAAGAUACAACAGCUGAAGGAGACCGGAGUCACUGAUGGGCCUGACGGACAGAAUAGUGACAAAAUGUUCCACAGCAUCUGUGAGAUUACCAGGGUAUUAAUGUGGAGAUACACCUCUAUCCCAUCUGCUGCUGAGGAUUCUGGGAAAAAGGACAAAGGGAAAAACAUUUCUCUGAUGUGUUUGGAAGGUUUGGUGCAGAUCUUUUACACUAUUCAGCUGCGCUACCACACCAAGCUCUCACAGUUUCUGGCUGCUUUGGAUAAUGACAGUGAAGAGGAAUCUAGAGAAACAAAUAUCACGGAGAAGGCUGCCUUUCUGAUUUCCCAGUUUGAAAGGUCUCUUACAAACCAGCUUAACUGCGGGGAAGAUGAAUUUAAUAGCAAAGAAGCUGUGUUGUUAGUCAACAUCCUUUCAAUACUGUACCGGUUUCUGGAGCCGUCUUCUCAGCAGUAUGUGCAGAUGCUGUCAUGGAUUGUCAAAAUUUGUAAAGAAACCAGUUAUGAGGAUGUCCAGUUCUGUAAAAGUGCAAUGACUCUUCUGUUUAGUAUGCAUUCUCUGUUCAAGAGUCCUGUGAGCAUACUCCGAGAGCUCGGCCAAGACAUCCAUGGACACCUUGGUGAUAUUGAUCAGGACAUUGAAGUAGAGAAACCAUCGCACUUCCAAAUUGUUAAUUUAAAGACCGCAGCUCCGACUGUCACUGUUUUGGUUCUAGGUCAAGCUGCAAAGGUUUUGGAUGAGGUAGAAUGGUUAAUUGCUAAACUGAAAACACAGACCGGUUCAGAGAAGAAAAAUGAUGACAAUGGUACUCAAGCUACAAAUCCUAGGGAACCCAUAGAAAAGGCUGUCAUUCUACAGCUGGGUACAUUACUGACCGCCUGCCAUGAACUGAUCCAGACCGCAUUACCUACUGGAAGCUGUAUAGACACUUUAUUGAAGGAGCUUACUAAGAUGUACACAGCUCUGACUGCUCUUCUCAAAUAUUAUUUGCAGGUUUGUACUAAUAAUUUGGGGGCUGUUCCUACACGUUUGGAAAAGUUGGUUAAACUGUCAGGCUCACAUCUAACCCCUCAAUGCUAUGCCUUCAUUACAUAUACACAGAAUAUACAGAAUGAGGCACUGUCGGGAGAAAAAAAGAAAAAGGAGGAUGUGGCUGCAUUAUCUUCUGCUAAAAUCCUCCGUGAAACCAAACCAAUACCAAACUUGAUCUUUGCGAUUGAAAAGUAUGAAGAGUUUUUAAUCAAGCUGUCUAAGAAGUCAAAGGUCAACCUGAUGCAGUACAUAAAACUGAGCACUUCCAGAGACUUCAGAAUUAACCCAGCCACACUGGAUGCAGCUCUGCAGGAAAAGGGCUCAGAGGAUGAGGAGAAUGAGCCAGACAACAUGCAGUCUGGGACUGAACAGAAAGAAAGUCAAGAACCAAAAAGAAAACGAAGAAAGAAGUAG